AUGACAACCUUAAAGGAAUUUAAUUCGCCAGAUCAAUUCGACGACGGAUCUACUGUAGGCUUCUUUGGCUUCCCCAAUGAUUGUAGUAUAAAUACGGUCAGAAAUUUUGCCUCUUGGUUCGGCCCUGUAAUCUACGUAGAACCACUGCCUAACAACACUUUGGAGAAGGAUUUUGCCGUCGUUUUCUCAAGUCGUAUCUUUGCCGAAAGAUUGGUAGGUUUAAAACAAGUACUGUUUCUCGAUGGUAAAACUAAUAUCAAACUGUUUCCACCAAUUGAAACAGAGUCAAUGUGGAAUAGUGUGGAGAAUAUUGUUACAUCCGCAACCCCUUCAAUACAAUCAGCACAGGAAGGUCUAAUUUCCUUAAUGAACAAAUUUUCGCUACCCUUUGGCAUCUAA